AUGCUUGGUGCUGUUCGCCGAUUUGGUGUCUCCCAGGCUCUGCGGGCAUCUGCCCCGCGCUCUCUGUCUGCUCGAUGGGCUCCCCAGUUGCUCAAGUGGCAGGCCCCGAGCAGUCAGGUUCCUGUCCUGGCUAAAUCCCUUCACACCUCGUUCCCUGCGCUGAACGCUGCCGCCGCCGAGGCGACAGCGACUCUGGAAAAUACGUCGCAGGAGCCUGAGUUCAUCACCGAAUUUGCGGAUCUCAUGACCAAGGGACUGAUUGAUCCUUCAAUCAUUCGGAACAUUACUCACCCCGGCCGCAUGGGCUUGUCGACCAUGACCGAUGUGCAGAGCCAGACUAUCAACCAAAUGCUCGGCGGUAUCGAUGUUCUGGCCCAGGCAAAGACCGGAACCGGCAAAACCCUCGCCUUCCUUAUUCCUACCAUGCAAAACAUCCUUAGCGAUCCUACCCUCAAGCGGCGCCAACCUCAAGGACGCCACCGCUCCUCUGGUGCCGGUUCGUCUGACAUUCGGGCCUUGAUCAUCUCCCCUACCCGCGAACUUGCUGAGCAGAUCGCGGCCGAGGCCAUCAAGGUCGCGCAAGGCACUGGUCUUGUUGUGCAGACCGCUGUGGGUGGUACUCACAAGAGAUCUGGUUUGAUGCGGAUUCAGCGCGAUGGAUGCCAUCUGCUGGUCGGCACGCCUGGUCGUAUCAAGGAUAUCUUCUCAGACCCCUCCAGCGGUGUCUCGGCUCCCAAGCUGAACACUUUGAUUCUGGACGAGGCCGAUCGUCUCCUGGAUCAGGGUUUCUCUCAAGAGAUCAAUGAGAUUAAGGAUCUGCUUCCGGACCCGUUCAAGGUUGAUCGCCAGACUCUCAUGCUUUCCGCCACAGUUCCCAAGGAAGUGAUGGCGAUGGUGAAGCGCACCAUGAAGCCAGACUUCAAGUUCAUCAAGAAUGUGCGCGAUGAUGAGGUCCCUACCCACGUCAGAGUGCCCCAGAAGACCGUCUACCUGCAUGGAUACGAGAACGCUCUCCCAGCGGUCCUCGAGCUGGCCAAGACCUACCAGGCUCGCCAAGCUGAGGACCCCAAUUUGCGCCCCUUCAAGGCAAUUGUCUACUUCAACUCGACCAACGAAGUCAACCUUUCCGCCGAGGCUUUCAUGAUCCUCCGUGGCAUUCGCGGCGAUGGACGGAGCCAGUCUCCCCUGGGCCGCAUGCGUGUGCACCAAAUUCACUCGCGCCUUACCCAAGCUGCGCGUACUAACAGCGCUAACAACUUCCGCCGUGCCGAUGAGGCCAUCCUCUUCUCGUCAGACGUCACUGCCCGUGGCAUGGACUUCCCCGAGGUCACUCACGUCAUUCAGGUGGGCCCUCCUCGUGACCGUGAGACUUACAUCCACCGCAUUGGUCGCACUGGUCGUGCUGGCAAGGAGGGUGAAGGCUACUUGCUCCUGCACGAUGGCGAAUACGAAUUCUUCCAGAACAAGCUGGGUGACCUGCCCCUCACCGAGGACAACACCCUCUCCACUGCCAUGGUGAACAUGGCUCGGGACUUGGAAACUGCCUCCCCGGCGGCGGCUGAGACCAUCGAGCAAAUUAAGGCGGCCAUGACGGAGGUUUCGCCGAUCAUGAAGGAGAGCACCUACCGCUCUCAGCUGGGUACAAUGUCCCAGAGCUUCACCAAGAAACGUAAUGCCAUCCUGGCUCUCAACAACCUGGCCAUUCAUGGCUAUGGUCUGACCGAGCCUCCAGCUGUCAAGGCAGGCAUCGCUCGCAACCUCGGUCUUGACCGUAUCAAGGAGUUGAAGAUUGAGGAGGGCGGCUCCUUCGGCCGUCGCGCCAUUGACCCCUUCGACUCUGGACGACGUAGCCGCAGCUUCGACGACUCCCCCUUCGGUGACCGUCGAUCCAACCGUGGCAGAUCGAGCCAUGGCGGCAAUGGCGGCAGAUCUAACCGGUUCGGCGAGUCUCGUCCACCGCGCCGCAACGACGGUGACCUGUACGGUGCUCGCCCCUGGUACUGA